AUGACUAUCCACUACGUUGACGGCCGCCACUCUGGGCUCUUCCAGCCCCUGACUAUUUCCAAUGGCCACAUAACCCUGGAGCAUCGUGUCGUCCAUGCACCAUUGACCCGCAACCGUGGAGAGCCUCUACAUCCUUGCACCCCGGAUCAUCCCAAUCGCAUUUGGAUCCCCGGAGAUGUGGUGGUGGAGUAUUACUCGCAACGUGCGACCAAGGGGGGCUUGAUCAUCUCGGAGGGAAUUCCCCCUUCACUCGAGAGCAAUGGCAUGCCCGGAGUUCCCGGGCUGUUCAUCCCCGAACAAGCCCAGGGCUGGAAACGCGUGGUGGACGCCGUGCACGCCAAAGGGGGGAUCAUUUUCUGUCAGCUCUGGCACGCCGGUCGAGCCACCAUCCCACAGAUGACUGGAUCACCCGCUGUCUGUCCCUCCGCCAGCGUGUGGGAUUCGCCCGCGGAAUGUUACUCUCAUCCACCCGUGGGAUCCACCACGCCCGUUCCCUACGCCAAUCACCCGCCCAUCGAAAUGACUGUGGAGCACAUACAGCAGACUAUCGGUGAUUAUUGCAGGGCCGCCCAACUGGCCAUGCAAAUUGGCUUUGAUGGCGUUGAGAUCCAUGCCGGCAAUGGCUAUUUGCCUGAGCAGUUUCUGAGCUCCAAUAUCAACAAACGCCAAGACGCCUAUGGUGGAUCCCCCGAGAGGCGCUGUCAGUUUGUUUUUGAGUUGAUGGCUGAGGUUGCCAAGGUCAUUGGGGAGCAUAAUCUGUCGAUCCGUCUGUCGCCAUUCGGGCUAUUCAAUCAGGCACGCGGCGAACAGCGCCUCGAGACUUGGUCGCACCUCUGCGAGGGUCUGAAGAGGGAUCUCCCGUCGCUGUCGUAUGUCAGCUUCAUCGAGCCGCGCUAUGAGCAGAUCUUUGGCUACGAAGAGAAGGACAAGUUCCUGGAAAGCUGGGGUCUGCUGGAUGUGACCCUGGACCGCUUCCGCCAGAUCUUUGGCUCAACCCCGUUCUUCUCCGCGGGCGGAUGGGACGACCAGAAUUCCUGGGGGGUAAUCGAAUCCGGGAAAUACGAUGCACUCCUCUAUGGUCGUUACUUUACCAGUAACCCGGAUCUGGUUCGUCGGCUUAAGGAAAAGUUUCCUCUGGCCUCGUAUGACCGGACCCGAUUCUACGGGCCAUUCGAGGACAAGGCUUUCCACUACACGGACUAUCCGGCUGUUGAGCAGUAG